AUGAGGAAUAAUUAUACUAUUGAACUUGCUGAUGGGUAUGGAAUUAGGGCUAAUGAAAUAAUUCCUGGUUGUACUCUGAAUUUAGCUGAUAAACUCUUUAGCAUUGACCUAAUUCCUAUAGAGCUAGGUAGUUUUGAUGUAAUAGUAGGAAUGGAUUGGUUAUCCAAGAAUAGAGCGGACAUUGGUUGUUACGAGAAAGUCAUUAGGGUACCUCUCCCCAAUGAAGAAACCCUUAUCAUACACGGUGAGAAGCCAGGAAGAAGUUUAAACAUUGUAUCAAGCAUGAAGAUUCACAAGUACCUGAAGAAGGAUUGUAUUGCAUUCAUGGCCCACGUGAUAGAAAGAGAACCUGAAGCUAAGCAACUCAAGGAGAUCCCGAAUGGUUCAAAACUAUCCCGAAGUGUUUCCGGAGGAAUUACCCGGUCUACCCCCUCGCAGGCAGGUCGAAUUUCGGAUCAACUUAAUUCCCGGAGCGGCACCGGUAGCAAAAGCACCAUAUCGCCUCGCGCCAUCCGAGAUGCAAGAACUGUCCGGACAACUUCAAGAACUUCUAGACAAAGGGUUUAUACGACCAAGUUCUUCACCUUGGGGAGCCCCCGUGUUAUUCGUCAAAAAGAAAGACGGGGCGCUUCAUACUUCUCAAAGAUCGACCUCCGAUCAGGAUAUCAUCAACUAAGAGUUCACGAAGGAGACAUUCAUAAAACAACAUUUAGAACCCGUUAUGGACAUUAUGAGUUCUUAGUCAUGCCUUUUGGACUAACGAACGAGCCAGCUGUUUUCAUGGAUUUGAUGAAUAGGGUCUGUAGACCAUACCUAGACAAUUUUGUAAUUGUAUUUAUCGAUGACAUACUUGUUUACUCGCAAACCAAAGAAGAUCAUGAGAGACAUGAGAAGCUAGUGUUGGAGCUAUUGAAGGAGCAGAAAUUGUAUGCCAAGUUCACUAAGUGUGAAUUCUGGAUUCGAGAAGUACAUUUCCUUGGUCAUGUGGUCGGCGAAAGAGGAAUUCAUGUAGAUCCAGCUAAGAUCGAGGCAAUCAAGAAGUGGGAAGCCCCCAAAACCCCGACAGAAAUACGACAGUUCCUAGGAUUAGCUGGAAAAUUUCUUUGGGAAGAGAAACACGAAGAAGCGUUUCGAAUCCUGAAAAACAAGUUGUGCAAUGCACCAAUUCUGGCCUUACCAGAGGGAUCAGAGAACUUUGUAAUGUAUUGUGAUGCGUCUCAUCAAGGAUUAGGAUGUGUGUUAAUGCAAAAAGAUAAGGUCAUUGCGUAUGCUUCCAGACAGCUCAAACCGCAUGAGAAGAGUUAUACAACCCAUGAUCUAGAACUGCGAGCAAUAGUUUUCGCUCUUAAGAUAUGGAGGCAUUAUUUGUACGGAACCAAGUGCAUCAUUUAUACCGAUCACAAAAGCCUUCAGCAUAUCCUAGAUCAAAAAAUGUUAAACAUGCGGCAGAGGAGAUGGGUAGAGUUGUUUAGUGAUUAUGACUGUGAGAUACGAUAUCACCCAGGCAAGGCUAACGUAGUAUCUGACGCUCUUAGUAGAAAAGAAAGAGUGAAACCUUCCCGUGUGAGAGCUUUGGGAAUGGUAAUUCAGACAAACUUGAAAUCUCAAAUCAUUGAUGCCCAGGAGAAAGCUUUAUUCAAGGAAAAUCUUCCAGGUGAAACUUUACAUGGUUUAGAAGUGAGAUUUGAAACCAAACCUGAUGGAGUUCGUUAUUUUAAGGACAGGGUCUGGAUUCCAAGGGUUAACAAUCUGAGAGACAUAGUACUAGAGGAGUCUCAUCGAUCUAAAUACUCAAUCCACCCUGGAGCGAAUAAGAUGUACAAGGAUCUUAAAGAGUACUAUUGGUGGCCUGGAAUGAAAAGGGAUAUUGCCUUAUAUGUUGGGAAGUGUUUAACUUGCUCAAUAGUCAAAGCUGAACAUCAAAAACCAUCCGGCUUAUUGCAACAGCCCGAAAUUCCCCAAUGGAAAUGGGAGCAGAUAUCCAUGGAUUUCGUUACCAAACUUCCUAGAACUUCUAAAGGUCACGACUCAAUUUGGGUCAUAGUGGAUCGACUGACGAAAUCUGCUCACUUUCUCCUCAUUCGGGAAGACUUCAAGAUGGAAAAAUUGGCCCAAAUCUACAUCGACAAAAUUGUUUCUCUGCAUGGUGUACCCCUAUCUAUCAUUUCUGAUAGAGAUAGUCGUUUUACAUCACGAUUUUGGUGGAUGUUACAGAAGGCACUAGGAACCAAGAUAAAUUUGAGCACAGCUUACCACCCUCAGACAGAUGGGCAGACAGAGAGAACAAUACAAACAUUGGAAGACAUGCUACGGGCGUGUGUCAUUGAGUUCAAAGGAAAUUGGGAUACUCAUUUGCCUCUAAUUGAGUUUUCCUACAAUAACAGUCACCACACGAGUAUCCAAUGUGCUCCAUAUGAAACAUUGUAUGGACGCAAGUGUCGUUCGCCCUUAUGCUGGACAGAAAUCGGAGAUAGACAAUUGACUAGACUCGACCUUAUCCAGGAAACAACUGACAAGAUUGCUAUCAUCAAAGAUAGGCUUAAAGUCGCCAGAGAUCGUUAG